AUGCUACCCAUAUUGGUUACAGGUUACGCAUCGGCAACAUGCCGGUUUCCUGGUGCGCCUGCGCACUCGCAAGUGACUUUCUCGGACGAAGCGCGGGUGGAGGGGACCGUGGCUACCUACACCUGCGAGCGGGGGUUCGAGCUCCUGGGGCCCGCGCGCAGGGUCUGCGGACCCAAUGGAAGAUGGACCCCUGACGGGAUUCCCUUUUGUGUGCUCAACGUAGCCGCCGGGAAGGCUCCGAUGCAGGUCUCCACGGACGAGGGCGGAGUCCCCCAACGCGCCCUGGACGGCAGCACCGCAGCCUCCUUCAGCGCUGACACCUGCACCCUGACUAAGCAGGAGAGAGUGCCCUGGUGGUACGUCAACCUGCUGGAGCCCUACAUGGUACAACUGGUCAGAUUGGACUUUGGGAAACCUUGUUGUGGUACCAACAAGCCCGCAGUGAUCGUGGUCAGAGUGGGCAACAACCGCCCCGACCUGGGCACCAACCCUAUCUGCAACCGUUUCACCGGAUUCCUGGAAGAAGGCCAGCCUCUCUUCCUGCCUUGCAACCCUCCCAUGCCAGGGGCCUUCGUCAGCGUCCACUUAGAAGCCUCAACACCAAGCCAGCUAUCCAUUUGUGAAGCCUUCGUUUACACUGACCAGGCGCUGCCCAUAGAAAGAUGCCCACAGUUCAGAGACCAACCCCCAGGAAGCACAGCGACUUAUAAUGGGAAAUGCUACAUAUUUUAUGAUAGACAGCCGGCGGAUUUCAGAGACGCCUUAGGCUUCUGCCGGUCAAGGGGAGGCAGUCUGGUGGACGAGAGCAACCCAGCGCUCCAGGGAUUCAUCAGUUGGGAACUGUGGAGACGGCAUCGAAGCGACAGCAGCAGCCAAUACUGGAUGGGAGCCGUCCGCGACCCCCAGGAUCCCACCAACUGGAAGUGGGUCAACGGGAAUGACGUCACAGUGUCCUUCUGGAACGCCCCGGGGGGCACCGAGGACUGCGCCAGGUUUGACGGGAGCAAGGGCUGGCUGUGGGCAGACACCGACUGCCAGGCGAGACUGAACUACAUAUGCCAGCAUCAACCCAAAGCGUGUGGUAGGCCUGAACAGCCGCCUAACUCGACCAUGACCACGGAGAGCUUCGAAGUGGGGGCUUCAGUGGAGUACUCUUGUGAUGAGGGACAUCUGCUCGUGGGACCCACGGUCAGGACCUGUCUGGAUACUGGCUUUUACGACGAGUUCCCGCCAGUUUGUAAACGUAUCGAAUGCGGCUUCCCCGCCGAGAUAGCCCACGGAUCCUAUUCCCUGAUCAACGGGUCUGUGUCCUACUUAUCACACGUGCAGUACGCUUGCGAUGUCGGGUACGAGAUGGCGGGACGGUCACGAUUGGUUUGCGAUAUCGACGAGAGGUGGAAUGGACCACCACCAAGAUGCGAAGUGAUCCACUGCGAAGACCCGCCCCAGAUCCCGAACGGUCGCGUCUCCCUCCCUCAGAACACUUCGGUAUUUGGAUCCGUGGCUGAGUACGCGUGUCUCCGGGGCUUCAAGCUGCAAGGAUCCCGCAGGAUAGCCUGUCUCGCCACCGGAGUGUGGGACAAGCCGGCACCUCAUUGUAUAGCGGAAGAACGCAGCACAACGACAUCAAGCACAACCACUUCAACCACCGCUACACCUUCUACAACCACCCCUCCCCCCGCUACGUUACCCACUACCCCUCGCUUAGUCUUACCGUCACGAAGACCGGCUCCUCGCCCCUCGUCCCCCGCGCCCUUCGUUCCCCCUGAGUCUAAACGGCCACGCCCGAAGACCACGACAGAACGGACCACAACGAAAGUGUAUGAAAGACCACCUGAAAGAAAGGUGACGGUGGGCGAUGCGCAAGAGUCGCCUACGAGCCACGUCCCGCAUAUCAUCGUGGCUAGCCAUCCAAGAGAGAAUCAGAUUCUCGGCAGCGGCAACAACAUUCGCGCGGAACAGACUCCUCGCGUCAACGUUCCGUUAUCCGUAGAUGGCGAAAGAAGAGAAACGGUUGGCGCCAGAUUGAACCUCGGCGCCGUUGUUGCACUAGGAGCGUUUGGCGCUCUUGUUUUCUUAGUGGCCAUUAUUACCACCAUUGUAAUCCUUGUAAGGAGCAGGAAAAACCACGACGGCAAACGCUAUCGUCACCACGUCUCGCCCGACUGCAACACCGUAGCGUCACUAGACUCAUCGUCAUCAGAGUCGCGGAGCGGCCUCAACCGGUACUACAGGCAGGCCUGGGAGGAACUGCAUGAGGCCGCGGGCGGAAAACAUGGCCAUAGGAGACACGACAGGGAGGCCCCCAAGGACGGCUCUGAACUCGUGGUGUCCGACGUCUACCCCGCCCCCCACGCGAGGGACAAACGGCGACACCACCACCACCACCACCACCGCGAGUCCAGACACUCCGACUGGCCUCAUCGUCCCCACCAUAAUCAUAAGCCUAGAUAUUAAUUUAGAUUUAAGAUCAAUAUUCGAUGUUGUUACAGGGUCGCUUUUAACCGUUAUGAAAACGGUUCUAAAUUCAAAUUAAUACUUUUUUUUAACGUUUCUUUAUACGA